AUGAACAGUAACCUUUCUAAUGUGGUGCUUCUUGGACAAUUUAACCCAAAAACUGACAAGUGGUGUGAUUAUAAGGAACAAUUACUAUGUGCAUUGGACGUGGCGGGCGUGGCGCAGGACCCGACUCGGGCGCGCUCGUUGUUUCUGUCCCAGUGUGGCAAGGACACUUAUUCACUCAUUGCAUCACUUCUGGUCCCGCAAAGGCCAACUAGUGCUUUAUUUGAGGACAUUAUCAGUGUUUUGGAUACGUUUUUUGAGCCAGAAGUAAAUGAAAUUUUACAAGCGGGGAAGUUUCAUAAACGCGUACAACUACAACAAGAGAGCGUGCAAGAGUUUAUCGGCGCGAUAAGUUUGCUCGGUGCUAAAUGUAACUUUGCCGAUCUUAAACGACAGUUGAGAGAUAGACUAGUACUUGGGGUGCGCGACGAGCGCCUGCGCCGCGAAUUGUUGAAGACCAAGGACCUCACGUAUACGGGGGCCGUUCAAUAUUGUCUUAACUACCAGGCGACGUUCCCAGACUUGUACCCUGAAGUGCGUGCUAGUACAUCUAAGCAAACUCCACAUAACGAAAGUGACCAGAUGGAAAUUGAUAAAAUACAAUCAGUGAAUUGCAAACAUUGUGCCCGAGUUCAUAAACCGAAUGAACGGUGCCCUUUCAGUAAGGCUCAGUGUUAUUAUUGCAAGCGACAUGGACAUAUUGCUUCGGCCUGCAAUAAGAAACAAGGUAAGGUCCAUGUGACCGAAGACAAGUGUUCAUGCGACUCCAACUCGGACCAGGAAGACAUGAUGAAUGGAAUCUAUGUCUGCGCUGAAGAUUACUGUGAACCGAUUACAGCUAAUGUGGAUAUUGAUGGUGCCAAAUUAUUAAUGGAAAUAGAUUCUGGAGCUUCGAGAUCGAUAAUAUCUGAGGAGACAUUUAAAAAGUUGUGGUUUAACCCACCCCCGUUAAAUACCACAAAUGUGAAACUAGUUACGUGGAGCCGUGCCCCUUUAAAAGUCUUAGGGUUGGUACACGUACGAGUGGUUUUAGGCGACAAAGAAGCUCAGUGUGAACUGUUGGUGGUCGCCGGCCGUGGACCAAGCUUGCUCGGUAGGAACUGGUUUAAGAAGUUGGGGCUGCAAGUGGACGGCGUGGGCUGGUCAGAAGAGGAAGUAGCUGAAUGGAAGAAUAAAUAUCCAGAUUUGUUUAUGGAGGGUUUGGGAGUGUACACGGGACCACCAGUGUCGCUGCAUGUGCGACCUGGGACUGCGCCACGAUUCAUGAAAGCGCGCCCUGUACCAUUCCCACUAAAACAACAAGUGGAGGAUGAGCUGCGUCAAAUGAUUAAGGAUGGCGUAUUAACACCAAUCAAAUAUUCCAAGUGGGCUACUCCCUUAAGAAUUGUUAAGAAAGAUAACGGAUCUUUGCGUAUCUGUGGAGACUAUCGUUCUACGGUUAACGCAUCAAUAGAUGUUGACACAUACCCGCUUCCUACAUCAACAGAAGCAUUCGUGAAGCUUAGCGGGGGAAGCAUAUUUAGCAAAUUGGACUUGAAGCAGGCGUACACCCAACUCAAGGUUGACGAUGAUACCGCGACGCUGCUAACACUAAAUACACCCAUCGGACUAAUGAAGGUGAAUCGUUUGGCUUACGGGGUGAGCGCUGCGCCUGGCAUCUUCCAGAGGCUCAUGUCUACCACCCUGGCAGACAUGGAAGGAGUCGCGUGUCUUCUAGACGACGUAGCUGUCACAGGGAGAAAUAUGGAAGAGCAUAACCAGAGGUUGAACGCAGUACUGGAAAAACUGCAAGGUCUGGGUUUUCGAUUAAAUGUUAAUAAAUGCGUCUUUGCUUCACGUAGUAUCACCUUUUUGGGCCAUAUGCUGGAUGCUGAAGGGCUACAUCCGACUCCGGAGAAAAUAGAAGAAAUUCAGGGUAAACCAGCGCCCACAAACAAAGAGACAUUAAGAGCAUUUUUGGGAUUAUACACGUACUACGAGAAAUUCUUACCUGACAAAGCAACAUUACUUGAACCAUUAUACCGGUUGCUGGAAGCGAAAUCAUCGUGGACUUGGGGUGAUAAGGAACAAGCUGCGUUUAAUAAAGCUAAGAAUCUUUUAUCGUCGGAUUGUACAUUAGUUGGAUAUGACCUAAAUAAAGAUUUGUUACUGGUUUGUGACUCGUCAGAUUAUGGGUUGGGAGCCGUGUUGGUUCACAUCAUGGAAGAUGGAUCCGAACGUCCGGUGAUGAUGGCGUCGCGGACAUUACAACCACACGAGAGACGCUACGGGCAAAUCGACAAAGAAGCACUCGCGAUAAUGUUCGGGCUAACUAAGUAUCACCAAUUUCUGGCCGGACGGAAAUUUUGCAUCAUCACCGACCAUAAACCCUUAGUUGGUCUGUUCAACCCGGAGAAACCAAUUCCUGACCAAAUAUCGCCUAGAAUGUUACGGUGGUCGCUAAAACUUAACGGAUACAGUUAUUCUAUCCAAUAUCGACCAGGUAAAUUGAUUGGAAAUGCGGACGCUUUAAGCAGGUGGACAAAACCGGAGACGUCUUCUGUGAACCCAAAUAUAGACUGCCUGGGCGAGGUACUUUUGCUAGAAGAGCAACCACUGGGAUGGAACCUGGAUGUGAAAGCUAUUGCUGAAGAAACCAAGAAAGAUCAGAUGCUACAGAAGGUGUUGUUUAACGUACUCCAUGGGUGGCCGCACUCCAAUACAGAUCCUGAAAUGCAACCAUAUUGGAUCCGCAGAGAUGCUCUUUCACAUAAUAAAGAUUGUUUAUUGUGGUGUAACAGAGUUAUCAUACCAACUUCGCUUCACCAAAAGGUACUUAAGUUGCUACAUGCUCCACAUGCUGGGAUUGUACAGACAAAAGCAUACGCUAGAGGGUACCUUUGGUGGGCCGGCAUGGAUAAGGAAAUCGAGAAGGUGGUGGCUGAGUGCGAGGACUGCCAGUCUGUGAGGAACAACCCACCUAAAGAUCCGCAAAUAUGGGUAAUGCCUGACAAACCUUGGAGUCGAGUCCAUAUCGAUUUUGCUGGUCCCUUCCAGGGAAAAACCUUCUUGCUAUUAAUCGAUUCUUACAGCAAGUGGAUAGAGGCAGAAAUUGUUCCAUCUAUGAGCUCGGAUUCCAUAAUUACAAUUUUAAGACGCAUUUUCGCCUCACAAGGCUUGCCGGACGUUUUGGUGUCUGACAACGGCAGGACAUUUACGUCUGAAGACUUCAAUGUAUUUUUGAGGAGGAACCAUAUCAGACACAUAUUUACUCCGCCCUACCACCCAGCUUCGAAUGGGCAAAUAGAACGGGCUGUACAGACAUUUAAAAAUAAUUUGAAGAAAAUGGCAGCUACAAACAUGCCUUGGAGUGAAAAACUGGCCAAAGCUUUAUACGCUUUGCGGACCGUCCCUAACAGCUCUACCAAUAAAACACCGGCGGAAAUGCUUAACGGACGAAAAUAUAGAACAGCCAUAUCUAGUUUACACCCAGAGAGCACGCCGAGCCGUGCCGAACAACAGCUGGAACAGGCAGCACAGCGGCCGUGUGCGCGCGCCUUCCGUUUGCAUCAACCUGUGCUCGUGCGAAUGUACACGCCAGGAACUAAGUGGGCAAAAGGCGAGGUUGAGACUAUAGAGGGACUCAGUACUUAUGUGGUAAGAACGGAAGAUGGUUAG